AUGUGCCAUAGCAGACAUACCCAACUAACCAUUUCACCUGACUGUAAACACAUUCUAGAAGGGGACCUUGAGAAUAGUGAGCCGAGCACGGAGGACCUGAGCACAUGUCAUCCUGUCGUGGCCAGCAUCUCAGAUCCUACUGGAGUGCGCCAGGAUGUACAGGCAGUUUGCAACACGCGUAUUCAAUUUGAGGUCCGACCCGUGCUAGUAGUGUAUAGAAUUCCAUGGCCCUGGCUGUCAAGGCCAGCUUGA